UUUAAUGAGGUUUUUGGGGACUGAAAAAGCAUACAUUUUGAUUCAUUUGUCAUUGCCUGCAGGAACCCAUCAAAGUCAUCUUUAACCAUUCAAUUUCUGAGAAUGUGUUUGAUUGAUGGUAAUAUUUUGUGCCGGAUAUCGAAUAAGAUCAGACCCGGCUCUGUGAGUGAGGCUGUCGAAAUGUUCUUUUUUCUUUUCAUUCUUCUCUUUUUAUUGAGAUUUAUGAUGGAUGCUGGAUUCACAAUCCUAACUUCAUUAUCCAUUCCAGGAAGGUGAUUCCAAUUGUUCUUCAGUUUCCUCAGGACAAAAAAAAAAAAAAAAAAAUUCUCUACGGCAGCUACAAGAUGAUCUAGACUAACCAUCCGAAAGCAGUGAAGCUUAACAAUCAAAUGAGAUCUCAGAGCCAGUUCCUCACUCCCAAAUGAUCCUCAGUCUACAACAGUAUCUCCCGCAACUCUCGCGGCAACUCGUACGCCAUGUCUCGUCCCAACAUCAAAACCUCUCUGCAAAACUCGUUCUCUAUCACGAUCCGUCAGCUCAACUAUCUUACAUGGAACUAUCCCAGAAAUUCUAUGAGGCCAUGAAAGCCUGUACGUACCUUAAGUCCACACCCAUUGCCCAAAAGCUUCAUGCUCAGCUCAUCUCCACUGGUCUAGACUCCUCCAUUUUCCUCCAGAACCAUCUCUUGCACCUGUACUCCAAUUGCAAUUUGAUCAACGACGCUUGUCGGGUUUUUAAUGGUAUCGAGAAUCAUAAUGUUUUUAGUUGGAAUACGAUGAUUACUGGUCUGGUGGAGUCGGGUCGGAUGAGUGAAGCGGAGAAGCUGUUCGGGGAAAUGCCUGAAAGAGACUCUGUUUCUUGGACUGCGAUGAUGUCGGGCUAUUUCCAUAAUAAACAACCGGAGAAUACUGUAAAUAUGUUUUCUUUGAUGGUACGAAAUGGAAACUAUGCUGAUGACCCAUUUUCCUCUACUUGUGCAAUGAAGGCUUGCGGUAAUCUUGGCUACACAAAGUUGGCUCUUCAAUUGCACGGUCUUGUGGAGAAGUUUGAUUUUGGAAGCGAUGUAUAUAUGGCUAUUCAGAAUUCAAUAAUGGAUAUGUAUAUCAAGUCUGGAAAAGUGAACUAUGCUGAGAGAGUGUUUUUAAGGAUCCCGAACCCGAGCUUGUUUUGUUGGAACAGUAUGAUCUACGGUUACUCUAAACUGUACGGGGUUGGAAGUGCUCUUGGUUUGUUUGACCAGAUGCCUGAACGUGACUAUGUGUCUUGGAACACUAUGAUUUCGAUCUUCUCUCAACAUGGCUCUGGGGUUCAGAGCCUUAGUAUGUUUGUUGAGAUGUGGAAUCAAGGUAUUAGACCAAAUUCCAUGACGUAUGCUAGCGUACUUAGUGCGUGCACAAGUAUCUAUGAUCUGGAAUGGGGGAGCCAUUUGCAUGCUCGGGUUAUCCGCAUGGAACCGACUCUCGAUUCUUUUGUAGGUAGUGGUUUGGUUGAUAUGUAUGCAAAAUGUGGAUGCUUGGAGUUUGCAAAGCGGGUAUUUGAUGGCUUAAUGGAACAGAAUGCAGUUUCUUGGACUUCUUUAAUCAGUGGAUUUGCACUGUUUGGGCUUGAAGAAGAAGCUUUGCUACUCUUUAAUCAAAUGAGAGAGGCUUCUGUUGCAUUGGAUGAGUUUACUUUUGCAACAAUUCUUGGCGUUUGUUCAGCUCAGAAGGAUGCUUCAAUUGGGGAACAGCUACAUGGAUGUACAAUCAAGAGUGGAAUGGAUUCCUCCGUUGCUGUAGGGAAUGCUGUUGUUACGAUGUAUGCUAAGUGUGGAAAUGCUCAGAAAGCAAACCGUGUAUUUGAAUUGAUGCCAGUUAAAGACAUAAUAUCAUGGACAGCGAUGAUCACAGUAUUCUCUCAGAUGGGAAAUAUUGAAAAAGCUCGAAAUUAUUUUGACAAAAUGCCGGAGCGGAAUGUCAUUACAUGGAAUACAAUGUUAGGCACAUAUACUCAACAUGGCUUUUGGGAAGAAGGUCUCAAAUUGUAUACUGUGAUGAGAAGGCAAGGUGUUAAGCCUGAUUGGAUCACUUUUGCAACUUCAAUUAGCGCCUGUGCUGAUUUAGCAACACUAAAACUUGGGAUCCAAAUUGUAACUCAAGCCAAAAAAUCAGGCUUUGGUUCUAAUGUUUCAGUUGCAAAUAGUGUUGUUACCAUGUAUUCAAGAUGUGGACGAAUUGAAGAAGCACACAAAAUUUUUGAUUUCAUACACGGGAAAAAUUUGAUUUCUUGGAAUGCUAUAAUGGCAGGAUAUGCACAAAACGGUCAAGGUAGGAAAGUGAUAGAGAUUUUUGAGAAUAUGUUGAAAAUGAAAUGCUCACCUGAUCAUAUAAGCUACGUAUCUGUUCUAUCAGGUUGUAGCCAUUCAGGGCUUGUAAUAGAAGGAAAGCAUUACUUUUAUUCCAUGACUGAAGAUUUUGGCAUCUCUCCAACAUCUGAGCAUUUUGCUUGUAUGGUGGAUCUGCUUGGUCGGGCUGGACUACUGGAGGAGGCCAAGAAUUUGAUUAAUGGAAUGCCUUUUAAGCCCAAUGUUGCUAUUUGGGGGGCUUUGCUCGGUGCCUGUCGUACACAUCGAGACUCAAAAUUGGCAGAAUAUGCAGUGAAGAACUUACUUGAGUUAAAUGCGGACGAUUCUGGAAGUUACAUCCUUCUAGCAAACACAUAUACAGAUUGUGGAAAAUUAGACAGACUUGCAGAUGUGAGAAAACUGAUGAGAGAGAAAGGAAUCCGAAAGAAUCCUGGUUGUAGCUGGAUAGAGGUUGAAAAUAGGGUACACGUGUUCACUGUUGAUGACACUAAUCACCCACAAAUCAAGGACAUUUACAGAAUGUUGGAGGUGAUCAUGAAGAAGAUAGAAGAUAUUGGAAGUUACACUAAUGCAAUUACUUCUCUUCGUUCUCAGGGUAAUCACAGUGAAAAGCUUGCUGUGGCUUUUGGUUUGAUUAGCUUGCCUGCUUGGAUGCCUAUCCAUGUAAUGAAGAAUCUUCGAGUGUGCAAUGAUUGCCACUUGGUAAUAAAGCUGAUUUCUCUUGUUACCUCAAGGGAGCUUAUAGUGCGCGAUGCAUACCGAUUUCAUCAUUUCAAGUAUGGGUUUUGCUCUUGUGGAGAUUACUGGUGAUCUGAAGGUAUAGAAAUUUAUUAGUCAUAAAUAGUGACUUCUUUUCCUGAACCCGUCCUGUAUGUACUCAUGUUGCGUAUAGAAAAGGAAGUAUCCUUAACUCCGGGAUUGAUCAGGACUUUGUUCUUGGACACCAGGUGCCAAUAAAAAAAAAUAAAAAAUAAGGGAAGUAUCCUUAACUGAUACGUGGGAGUACUUAAGUAAAAGAUUUGGCUUGCCAAUCAGGUGGCUGAUCUCAAAGUUGUUGUAUCAAUUGGAACUUGAUACAACUCAUAAUUUAUUGAGAAAUCAAAAAAGAUUUAUUACAAUGGUAACAAAUUGAUUGUUUCGAUGGAACAUUUAAUUUGAAAUAAAAGGGUCCUACUGAUUGUUAAGCCAAAAACUGGUAACCGCUAAAUUAGUUCUACUUUACAAAAUUAACUGUUGUCUGGCAUCUGAUAGUGGAAGAUGAUUCCAUGAUUCAUUACUUUGUCGAGUAGGCAAUUCUUGAAGCUUUGAGUUAUCAUUCAUGUUGUACGAUUGGUUAUCAGGUUUCCUGCAGAUUCGUCUAAUAGUAAAUAGGAACAAUUUGACAUUCGAGCAUAACAAUGUUUAAAUUCAAUUGUUUUGCUUCGCUAAACUCGAAUUGUAGGAGUUGGUAGACUUUUUCAGAGUGCUGAAUUGGCAUCCACCAUUAGGCAUUGGGAUUUUGAUUCAGGCUGACAAACUGAUAAUCUCUUGUUGUAGUUUUAUGCACAUUUGAAGUGCUAAUAAAAAUAUGGAUCUGGCAUUGCUCUGUUCUGAAAGGGUCGUCUCGUAAUACAAGCCUGUUGCGCAUGCAAAGCUCUCAGUUUGGUUUACCGCAACCAGUUUCCAUGUCUUCCUUGUGUUGCAUAUUCUUCUUAUCUUUGGGAAGUGCUGGUUAUAGAACUGCAUUUUAAGGUUACAGUUGCAUAGAUUAUGAUGGAGUAACUUAGAGGAGGGAAGCAUAAGAUGGUACAACUCACCUGGUGUUUGGCUCAAGAGGUAAGGGCCUUGGUCUUGGGGGUAUGCUUCCCUCAAGUCUAAGGUUGGAACCCUUUGGUGCAAACAAGUCCUAGGGGUCAUGUCCCAUCACUGGAAAACCGAUGAUUUACUUGAUCCGUGUGAUGGUGGAGCAUAUUACACGGAUCUGGCAUUCAUUCAGGUUUGUUGAUGUUUUGUUUAGAGAAGAAAGUUGAGCCUAAUAUUGAAGCCAAACCAUGCUCUGAAUCUGAUGCAAAAUUGCAGAUGAACAUGAGAGCACAAGAGAGAGAGUGAGUGAGAGAAAAUCUGCUGAAGUGGGAAGAUUAAAUAAUCACCUUUAGGCAGACAAGUGCAGAUUUCUCUCUAGUGCCGACAAAGAGAAACAUGCUGACCAGAGAAACUGAUGGAGAUGGAGGAGGAAUAUCUGCUCAAUCUUCAUGAAGUUCUGGAGGAGACAGAUGAUGCUUCAUUCAAUCCAAAUUGGAUUGCUUUAUAUACUCCAUUUUCUUGAAAGAAAUUUUCUUAAAUACAAAUUCUGAAAAGCUGCAAGGAUGAAAAAAGAAAAAUUAUAUUUGCAAGUUGGUGUGUUGUCCAUACCGGCGUGGAGGUGGUGUGUCCUCCGUAUCGGCUUGCAUGUAGGACUUUGGAAAAAAAAAUUAGGGCGCUAACAUGAUUUACUCUAUGCUUAUUUUCUUGUAAGUUGUCACAAUAAGUCAUUAGUUAUAUUUUAAUAGUAGGAUGAUCAACUCAAUAAUUAAAAAGGUAUGCUAACCUCGAUUUUAUCCUGUUAAAGUGUAAGAAACUCUUUCCGAAAGGUCCAUUUGAUGACUGAGUAUGGUCAUGUAAU